CGCUGCCAGAUGCCCCUGGGCUCCCAGAGCCUCUGUGCUCCCAGUAGCCUUGAGAGAGGUGGGGACAGAGAGGAAGCACAGGGGCUCCAAGAGGCUGGAGAGUUGCCCAAGGUCAGGUGGAACGCUAGGCCAGAUCAGGGACCAAGAUAAAGCUCCUAGCCUCCACGCCUGUGGGCCGGCCCUAUUCUUACCACUCUUCUUUCUCCAGAAACCCAGGAUCCACCUGGGGAAUUGUUUACGCAGCCAAAACCCAAACCAUGCUAAUACCGGCAUUCACCACCAGCUCUGGUUCUGGAAACCCAGCACCUACUGGGUAAUAUUUACCUGGGGGCAACAUUGUAGGGAAAGAGAAACAGGAAGAAAUGAAUUUCCAAAUGUUUUAAUCCAAGCUACAAGUCGGACUGUUUUGGAUGUUGGAAAACACUCAGACGCAGGGAUGGCACACUACCGACCCCCAGGAACUUUGGAGGGGCAAAGACCAAAAGUUGCAGCAGUAGCAGGGGGAAAUCCUCAGUAAAGGUCCCUCUAGAACUCUGUCCCAGGUUACGUAACUGGAUGACAUGAACCAAUGGCCGGUCACAUGAAGAACAAACAAGAGUUUGCUGUGUGAGAGGCGUGCGGAUGGUUAAUCCUGGUUGGUCUUUGGUGGCACCUGCGCCGGAAGGCUUUGCCAGUCCUCCUGGCUGUGGUGUGGCAUGGCUGUGGUUCACUGUUGGGUUCAGGAGCAGGGGUCCACACCUGCUGUGAGCCCGGUGCCAUGCCCGGAGCAGAAAAGCGGCAGCCACAGCUCCCCUCCAGGAGCCUGGGAGCUCGCGGGGAGCAGGAGAGUGGGUAAACUGAGAGCUACAUAGAUCGUGGUGGGAGCAGCGAGCUGCCGAAGAGUUACUCUUACUAAAGAACCAAAAUGUUAUUUAAAAAGUAACAUGGAUUGGGGUUCUUUUCCUACUCAUCAUGGAAGUAUUUUCUGGAAGACACAGAAAAAUAGAAGAGAAAGCCAUCCACUCCCCUCCACGCCAUAACCAAACACUGGUAGGGUUUCAGAAGGUCUUAGUGGGGCCCUUCUAGCACCGUUGCUAUGCAUGGAUACCCGCACAGGCAGAACUUACUCCGAUGUAAUGAGAUACGGUAUGUCCAAAGUCUCCUGGACAUCAUGGAGUUUCUGGACAAGGACCCUGAGGACCAUCGUACCCUAAGCCAGUUCACUGAUGCCCUGGUCACCAUCCGGAACCGCCACAACGACGUGGUGCCCACCAUGGCACAGGGCGUGCUUGAGUACAAGGACACCUAUGGCGACGACCCGGUCUCCAACCAGAACAUCCAGUACUUUCUGGACCGCUUCUACCUCAGCCGCAUCUCCAUCCGCAUGCUCAUCAACCAGCACACCCUGAUUUUUGACGGCAGCACCAACCCAGCCCACCCCAAACACAUCGGCAGCAUCGACCCCAGUUGCAAUGUCUCCGAGGUGGUGAAGGAUGCCUACGAUAUGGCCAAGCUCCUGUGUGACAAGUAUUACAUGGCCUCGCCCGACUUGGAGAUCCAGGAGAUCAAUACAGCAUCCAACUCCAAACAGCCAAUUCACAUGGUCUAUGUCCCCUCCCACCUCUAUCACAUGCUUUUCGAACUCUUCAAGAAUGCCAUGCGUGCAACCGUGGAAAGCCACGAGUCCAGCCUUGUCCUCCCACCUAUCAAGGUCAUGGUGGCCUUGGGUGAGGAAGAUCUGUCCAUCAAAAUGAGUGACCGAGGUGGGGGAGUUCCCCUGAGGAAGAUCGAGCGACUCUUUAGCUACAUGUACUCCACAGCGCCCACUCCCCAGCCCGGCACCGGAGGGACCCCACUGGCUGGCUUCGGGUACGGGCUCCCCAUCUCCCGCCUCUAUGCCAAGUACUUCCAGGGAGACCUGCAGCUCUUCUCCAUGGAGGGCUUUGGGACCGACGCUGUCAUCUAUCUCAAGGCCCUGUCCACGGACUCGGUGGAACGCCUGCCCGUCUACAACAAGUCAGCCUGGCGCCACUACCAGACCAUCCAGGAGGCUGGCGACUGGUGUGUGCCCAGCACAGAGCCGAAGAACACGUCCACGUACCGUGUCAGCUAAGGGCCGCCGGACUCCCCUGCACCGGAGAGGAGAGACUGCUGUCUCCAGGACUGGCCACCACGGUGCCCCUCCUCAUCCCCCCCAGGUGGGGAGUGGCCCUCCCUGACGACCAGCUUCUAUGAAAAUCUCUGUGGUGACCAGUCUGUGGGCUAAGUGCCAGUCUCCGUCUCCACGCAGAUCCCUUGGUGGUCUCCCUGCUGCUCAGUCUCUGUGGGCGAUGCCUAAGGAUGGGGGACGUCUCUAUCCUGAUGGGGGGGGGGAGUCCCCAGAGCCAUGUUUCCAUGGCAGUCCUCCUUCUGAGACCAGAGCUGCCACUUUUCUGCCAGGGGUCCAGGGUCCCCCUCACUGCCCUCCACAGCCCUGGCCUUCCAAGUGGACACCCUGCUUGCCUUAUCGCCCGGCCCGUGCAGGCACCCAGGCCCUGGCCCUGGGUCAGUGUUAGCAAGGGGCUGGGUGUCCCUGGGUAGAGAAGGGGGUUGCACCCUCGGGCCCCUGGUUGGGGACCUGGUCCUGCAGCCUCUCCCUCCACCCUAAGCUGGAAGGUCAAGGUUAGGAGGGGGAGGUUCUCACCCAGGGCUCACCCUUAAUGUGAAGGAACCUGGGAGGACUUGGAGAUCAGCUGCCCAGCCAAGCUGCUCAGAGCCCCUCAGGUGCCUCCCAAACCUUUCCCCAGCAUGUCCUCACAUGCACACGGCCACUUGCCCGCCCCACACCCACACGGUCCUGCCUGAGCUCCAGACCCCCACUCCCCCCGUGCCUGGACACGCACGUGCUUGGGGUGGCUUUCUCCCUAGAAGGCUCUAUGUACAUACCUAGUUUUAUAGCCCCGAAAGCCCUCACCCUUCCCCUCAGCACACAGGGGUUAAAGUUGUGUGCUCCCCCCAGUGGCUGGGAUGAUGGCCGUGACAUCCACAAUAAAAAGGAGACUGAAUGAGA